AUGGGAUUAGGGCUUCCUAUUAGAAUUGAAAGGAGAACUAGAGGCGAAGCCGUGAGGGAAAUAGACGAAGCUGUGAGGGAAGGAGACGAAGCUGUGAGUGUAGGAGACGAAGUCGGAAGGAGACGAGGCAGGGAAAGAAACGAAGCUGAAGUUGUGAGUGCAGGAAACGUUCAGGCAUCGGUUAGGUCGGAAGAGCAUGUACGCGGUGUUGUGGCCUUGACUUUGACGUGCACAAACUCACUGCUUGUUACUUGCAUAUUUCAGCCAGAACAAUUGACCAAGAUUUUUGAGCUCUGUGGAACUCCUGAUGAGGUGAACUGGCCCGGUGUUUCUAAGAUGCCUUGGUAUAACAACUUCAAGCCAGCCAAACCAAUGAAGAGACGCGUCAGGGAGCUUUUCAAGCAUUUUGACCGCCAUGCAUUGGAGUUAUUGGAGAGGAUGUUGAUGCUCGAUCCGUCGCAGAGAAUAUCAGCAAAAGAUGCGCUUGAUGCAGAGUAUUUCUGGGCUGAUCCCUUACCAUGUGAUCCAAAAAGCCUUCCAAAGUACGAGUCUUCCCACGAGUUCCAGACAAAGAAGAAGCGCCAACAACAACGCCAGCAUGAAGAGAUGGCAAAGAGGCAGAAGCUCCAGCACCCUCAGCCUCACGCCCGUCUUCCUCCCAUCCAACAGACCGGGCAACCUCAUCCCCAAAUGUGGCCCGGCCCUGGCCAACCCAUCCAUAAUGCACAACCUCAGAUGGCCGCUGGUCCGAGCCACCACUACGGGAAGCCCCGUGGCCCUUCCGGAGGUCCUAAUAGGUACCCGCAGGGAGGUAAUCCCGGCGGUGGGUACAAUCCCAACCAUCCGAAUCGAGGUGGCCAGGGUGGGGGUUACAGCGGUGGUCCCUAUCCUCAACAAGGCCGCGGCCCUCCUUAUGCUGGUGGAAAUAUGCCGGGUGCUGGUGGACCGCGGGGCGGUGGCGGCGGCGCCGGUUAUGGUGCGGCAGCGGGGAAUUAUCCGCAAGGCGGUCCUUAUGGUGCUUCUGGCGCCAACCGCGGUCCAAAUAUGGGCGCAAAUCGGAAUCAGUACAAUUGGCAGUAGUUACAUUAGUUGCAGAGUGCACUUUGUGGACUUUUUCCUUCGAUUGCUUAUGUAGACUUGCUACAAGUGCUAGUUUUAUUACAAUUGUAUAAUUUGGGUAAUAUGAUGAGUUUCGAGAAUUUCAUUAUAUUACCCUGUGAUAGUUAUAAUAGAUUACACUUCUUUGCUUUCUAUGCUGUAUAGGUUGUAAUGUAUUUUCAGUACAGAGCAUGAUCCGUCUGUUACCUCUUUAGCUUGCGUUUUGUAGAGUUUUUUACUUUUUUGUUCCAA